AUCUUUUUAAAAUAAUACGAUAAAAAUGACGAUUCCCGAGUGGUUGACAAAAAAUUAUAUACAAAAUGUCUUGCACGUUUAUCACAAAGACUUAACAAUACAAAUAGAAAAAUUUAAUAUAAAAUCAGCAUUUGGUAAAGGAGAAAAUUAUGGUGGUUAUUUAACAAAAAUCCAUGUGGUCUACACUUCAAAUAAUGGAGAAGAACAAAAAGAAAAUCAUUUCAUGUGCAAGACCUCAUAUGAUGACGAGGAUGAACUUGCAAGAGAAAAAAUGGAAUCAUAUGAUUUUUUCAAUCGAGAAAUGUUAUUAUAUGAACAAAUUUUACCCAAACUAAAUGAUUUGCUAAACGAAAUCGAUGACACAGAUCGAAUAUUUCCUACCGUUUUUCAUGUGGAUUACAACAAACAGGUUCUUAUAUUUGAAGAUCUAACCGUGCAGGGUUUCGUUAUGGCUGAUCGUUUACAGAGACUAGAUAUGGAUCAUAUAAAAUUGGUUUUACGAAAAUUAUCAAAAAUGCAUGCCACUUCGGCGGUAUUUAACGAACGUAGUUCCGGUUGCUUGGAAAAAUAUGAUCGAGGAUUUUUUAAUAAAUAUACCGAUUCUUAUAAAUCAUUUUUUGUUAAUUCUUUGAUGGCUUGUGCACAUUAUCUACAACAACUUGAUGAUGAAGAUUCUCGUAAAUAUGCUGAGAAAAUGUUUAAGAUGAAACCUUAUUACAUGGAUAUUGGCAAGCGCUGUUUUGAGCCCAAUAAUGGCCACAUAAAUGUUUUAGCUCAUGGUGAUAUCUGGACUAAUAAUAUGAUGUUUAAAUAUUGUUUGAAAACUGGAAAACCUAUAGAUGUUUUACUUAUUGAUUUUCAAUUUUCAUUUUGGGGCUCUCCAACUUUGGAUCUACACUUCUUUUUUAAUACUUCUAUUAAAGAACCUUUGAGACUUCAUCAUCAAGAUGAACUGUUUCAUAUAUACUAUCAGGAUUUUGUUGAUACUUUAAAAAAAUUAAAUUAUAUAACGUAUCCAAUACCCAGUUUGGAACAAUUUAGAUUACAAGCCGAACAAAAACGUUUUUAUGCUUUCCACUCAUCCAUUGUGGUACAACCUGUUAUGCUGAAUCAAGAUCCUACAGAUGCUGAUUACAAUGCCUUAAUGGGGGAAGAUGAUCGUGCGAUGCGUUUUAAAAGUCGUGUCUAUAAAAAUCCUGUAGUGCAGGAGAAUUUGCAGAAUCUUUUGCCUAUUUUUGACAGAAGAGGUCUUUUAGAAAUCAAUCAAUAAAUUGUUGUAAACAAAUAUAUAAUUAUAAUCAUAUAUUUGUAUAUAUGUAUACAUAAUAAAGUAUCCGAA